AUGUCUGACACUGGUGAGGGAAACUCUACCCUGGGGGGGCAGGAGAACCCCAUGGACGACGCAGGAGCCGGGGUCUGGGAGGCAGGAGCUGAGGACGUGGUGAUUCAUGACUCUGGGCCCUACGGGAACGAGGAGGGUGAGAUGGAGACUGAGGGUGAGAGCGAGGGCGAGGCUGAGAGUGAGGCCGAGGGCGAUGGCCAGACUGAGGGUGAAGCCGGGGUGGUGGGAGUCGCAGGGGCCGCAGGCGGUUUGAGUGAGGAGGCCAUGGAAGUGGGAGUCCCGGAGGGAGGUAUCAGCAGGGAGGAUUCCAACAUGGGACCGGCAGACGAGGGGCCCCAGCGCCCAGAUAUGGCGGCGGGCGCCAUUCAGCUCCCAAUGGCUGACUUCCGCUUCGUAUUCCUGGACCUGGUGCGCACAAUGCUGCACCAUCUGUAUUACAACAACCAUAUUGUUGUGCCUCCGAGCCGCCGCUUAAGAAUAAUUCAGUCCAGGUCUCAGAUGCCCAUCCGUGUGGGCCGCGUCCGCAUGCUCUCUGUGCCCCGGGGCUCCAGGGAGGGAGCCGCUGCCUUUAUCCCCUGGGGCUCCAGAAUGCAGCCCCCAGUCAUGGUGCCCCCACGCUUGAGACAGAGGGCCCCAGUCAUGGUGCCCCCGCGCUUGAGACAAAGGGCCCCAGUCAUGGUGCCCCCGCGCUUGAGACAGGAGGCCCCAGUCAUGGUGCCUCAGAACUCAGGAGAGGGGGCCGCAGCCAUGCUCCGGAGAAGGGGCUGGCUCCGGAGAGGGGGCCGCAGCCAUAGUGCCUGA